UCCCUGCACCCCUUUACCCUGGUCUGUUAAGUUGGCCAGGCACCCUCCCCUUCGCCCGGAGUAACCCUGUCCCCAUCCUAGGACGCCCCGUUUGGGGUGCUCCUCCUCCUCCAGGCCAUAAAAGAUCCAGGACCCAGACCCUGUAGCCUGAGGUCAGGGAAACUGGGGGCACCCAUAGCCUCUGCAUACCCCAUCUCUCCUUUGGUUCUGCUCCCGCCAGGCAGGGCCAGCUCAUCCCCACAGAGGCUCCUCCCAGUCAGGGGGUCCCUUGCACCCACCUCCCCUCCCAGGCCUCCAUCAGCCCUGGGGCUUCCCCUCCCCGGGGACAUUUCUCAACCCUGCUUAAUCACUGGGGCGGCCUCAGGGAGGAGGAAGCCAUGCAUGGCUUACCAUAAAGAAGGCUCAUACCAAGCCUGGCUGAGAGGCCAGCACUCAGAGGCCAUGAAGCUGGGAUUUGGAUUCACCUGGGUUCUGCUCUCCCUCCUGGCUGGGCAUAGCUGGGCGGACACUCGGGCCAUUGGAGCCAAGGAAUGUCCCCGCAACUCACAGCCCUGGCAGGCCGGCCUUUUCUUCCUCACCCGGCUCUUCUGUGGGGCGACGCUGAUCAGUGACCGCUGGCUGCUCACAGCUGCCCACUGCCGCAAGCCGUACCUGUGGGUCCGUCUCGGGGAGCACCACCUCUGGCAGUGGGAAGGCCCAGAGCAGCUGUUUCGGGUCACAGACUUCUUCCCCCACCCCGGGUUCAACAGCGACCUCAGCGCCAACGACCACAACCAUGACAUCAUGCUGAUCCGGCUGCCCAGGCGCGUGAGUCUGGGGCCUGUCGUGCAGCCCCUCAACAUCAGCAGGACCUGCGUCUCCCCGGGCACCAAGUGCCUCAUCUCAGGCUGGGGAGCGGUGUCCAGUCCCAAGGUGCGGUUCCCACUCACCCUGCAGUGUGCCAACAUCAGCAUUCUGGAGCCCAUCUUCUGUCACCUGGCAUAUCCAGGUCACAUCUCAGACAACAUGAUCUGUGCAGGCCGGUGGGAAGGGGGCCUGGGCUCCUGCCAGGGUGACUCUGGAGGUCCCUUGGUUUGCGACGGCGCCCUGGCGGGUGUGGUGUCUGGGGGUGGUGAGCCCUGCUCCAGACCCCGACGACCCACCGUCUACACUCGCAUUUGCCACUAUCACGACUGGAUCAGGAAAACCAUGAAGGAAAACAGUCCGUAAGGAGUCACUGCAGGGCUAGGUCGCAGCAGUCUCUGCACGGAACCUCCGGUUGCCUGGGAGACCAAACUCUGAACACUCAGGCUCCGGCCUGAUGCUGCCCUCCAGGGCAUAGCCACGCCCCCUCAGAGUGUGGCCAGGCCCCGCCCCAGGGCGACACCAAUCAUUGGCACCACCUCCUGGAACUGUCCAACUGCGGCUCCGCCCCGAGGAUCACGCCUACCAAAUAGCCCGCCCUCUAACUUUGUCCAAUAGGACUUCUCUGGACAAACUCAUUUAGCCACGCCUCCUCUGCUAGAGGCCCCGUCCCGUGACGUCAGAACGAGACAGCUCCGCCCAACUGGAACUUGGCCAGGGUCGGCUCCGCCUCUCGCGGCCCGUCCCUGGGCGUGUCCUGGGUUUGAAUCUCGCGCGGGGACUUCAGGAGGAGUAGCCGGGGUGCGACUCGAAGCUGUUACGCGCCAAUAGGCAAUUUUACAAUAAAUGCGCCUUUUUUCGGCCUGGCCUGCGC